UUUACUAUCAGCCAAUCAGAUUCAGAUUUAAUUUGAGCACGAAGAGGGGUGGACACCGGACGGACACUCUUCAAAAAUAAUAUAAUCAGAAAACUAAUAAUAUAAACAUAUUUAGAUCAAAAACUGUAAAUUAAAUUAAUAAUCGGCAUAAUGUCCGUGUGCAAAGUGGUGCCGAAUGUAACGAGCCGGAAUUUCGGUAGAAUAAGUGCCGCGCUGAGUAGUGCAAAGUUGAACAGAAGUUAUUUCACAUACACCCAGUCAUUGUCUCAGCCCCUAGACCGGGUGCCGGAACGUUUGACUGCCAAAGAAGCCUUCGAAAAAUGGUUGAAAUCAGGUAUGACGAUCUACGCGCAAGGCGCGGCCGCCACCCCGGUGCCUCUACUGGACGCCAUGACAGAAGUAGGCGCGGCCAAGAAUCUGAGAGACAUCAAAGUCGUCCAUAUGCACACUGAGAAGGAGGCCAAAUACGUCGCUCCUGAAUACAAGGAUAUCUUCAGGUCGGUGUCACUAUUCAUGGCUGCGAAUGUCCGCAAGUCAGUAGCCGAAGGUCGGUCUGAUGCCAUCCCUAUCUUCCUUCAGGACAUCCCUAAGCUGUUCCACAGGAAGAUCAUCAAGCCUGACAUUGCUCUUAUUCAGGUAUCUCCCCCCGACCAGCACGGGUACUGCAGUUUGGGAACAUCAGUCGACUGCGUCAGAGCUGCUCUAGUCAACAGCCCAAUUAUUGUCGCGCAAAUAAACGUCAACAUGCCCCGCACAUUCGGCGACGCGAUCAUCCACAUGUCUCACAUUGAUACUGCCGUAGAAGACAAUACUCCUCUCCCUGAGCACGGCGGCAAGCCCGCCAGUCCUGAGGAGACCAAGAUCGGACAGCUCAUCGGACAGAACCUCGUGGAAAAUGGCGCUACGCUGCAGAUGGGUAUCGGCAGUAUUCCUGAUGCAGUGCUGUCAGCUUUGAAGGAUCACAAAGACCUGGGCAUCCACUCCGAGAUGUUCAGCGUCGGGGUCAUCGACCUCGUCAAGCGGGGAUGUAUUACUAACAACGAGAAGAAGUUCCACAGAGGGCGCAUGGUGGGCAGUUUCCUCGUCGGCAACAGGGCGUUAUACGACUUUGUCGACAACAACCCCUUCGUUGAAAUGUUGGAGAUAGACUACGUGAACAACACACACAUCGUCUCUCUGCAACCCAAGAUGACGGCCAUUAACUCGUGCAUCGAAGUCGAUCUCACUGGACAAGUGUGUGCCGACUCUAUUGGUACGCGCAUGUUCUCGGGUUUCGGCGGUCAGGUAGACUUCAUCCGCGGCGCCGCUGAGUCAGUGGACGGUCGCGGCAAGCCCAUCAUUGCUCUCGUCUCCGUCACCAAGAAGGGAGAGUCCAAGAUCGUUCCUACGCUUAAAGUUGGAGCGGGAGUAGUAACAAGUCGUGCCCACGUGAACUACGUAGUCACUGAACAAGGCAUAGCGGAUCUCUUCGGCAAGACUCUAAGGCAACGCGCAUACGAACUGAUCAAGAUAUCACACCCCGACCACAGAGAAGCGUUGGAAAAGGCCGCAUUUGAACGCCUUAAAUGCAUGCCUGCUCCUUAGAAAAAGAAAAAUUAAAAAAUCAUGUUUUUUUUUAAGUCUAUUAUAUGUUGUAUUUUUGGGAUUUUUUGAUGAGAUCUUGGUGUAGGAUUUUUUUGUAAAUAAGAAAGCGUUUUUUCGUCAGCUGUGUAUAAUGGAAUUUGAAAAGGAUUGAUAAUGUAAGAGUAUUGUGAUUUGUGUUCGUUUUUGAUGCCAAAAAAAUAUUGCAUUUACUAUGUAUUAGCAAACGAUAAUAAUACAUACGUUAACAUAAUGCAAUGUACUUUGGAAGGAAGGAUUUUUACUGGGAGUUUUAAAGAAUCAAAAGAAUGGGAGGGAAUGGGAGAAGUGGAUGGCGUUAUCAAUGUGUAGUUUUGUCUGUUAGCCCAGUUAUAGGUAAAAAAACUGAGAACCUCCUUUUUUAAGUCCUUUAAAAAUGGCAUAAAACGCUUCUUAUUUCCCACACCAAGAUCUUGUCAGCAGAAAUCCCAGUUUUUUUUAAAUCAGCUGUUUUUAAAUCUACACCAAUAAAAUGUAUUUGUUAUAGAAUAUUUUCAAACAAACUGUACAUCCGUUAUCCUAAGUAUUUAAGUGCUUUUUAUUCCAUGCAAUGAAAUAUUUUUUAUUAUAUGACAUGAAAUGUU